AUGUACUGUAUGUACAAUAAUUAUUUUUCUUGAUUAAAAAAUCAGGACAAGUGCAUAUUUUAUAAUGACACUGCACUUUUAAAAGCCACAACAACAAUGUAAGAUAAACAACUCAUAACAAAAGGAUAUUGGCAUGCUAUACAGUGAUGUUUCCUAGUGGUCAGUGAAUCAAGACCCAUGCAAGUGCCCAAAUUUGUGUUCAUUAUAAACUGAUUCACAACGCUGGCAACUAGGGCACAGAAUGAGACACAGCAUAGCUCUUAAUACAAUAUAAACACUGAUGCAUUAUAGCCACAUGUACUGCAUGACCAAUACUUAUCUGUGGUUCACAGUCUGUAUUUUUCAUAAUAAACAUGUUCUUUUAUCAUCUAUGAUCUGUCUCUCGUGCAGUUCAGUGCAGUUCAUAACCAUCCUUGCUGCAGACAUCAUUGACCUUUUACACUUGCUUUCACAGUAGCUAGUAGAUGGAGGUCAGGCUAAUUGCUGCUUUUAUUCUUCAGAUGGAGGUGGAUGAGGCCAAAAAGCGUCAUCGAACACGAUCUAAAGUUGCUGUGGAGGCUGCACAAGAGCUUUUCAGCUGUCCCACACCUGGAUGUGAUGGUAGUGGACAUGUCAGCGGUAAAUACGCAAGACACAGGAGUGUGUAUGGAUGCCCGUUGGCUAAGAAAAGGAAAACCCAAGAGAAACCUCCAGAGGAGCCAGCUUCCAAACGCCGUCCAUUUCUAACCAUGGCUGAUGGAGAGCCCACCAUGUAUGAAAGCUAUGAGGCCAUGGAGGAGGUAGAGGAGAGGGAACAGGAAGAAGAAGAGGAGGAGGAAGGGGAAGAGGAAGGGGACGAUGAAGAAGAGGAGUGUUCAGAUGACAAUGAGGAACUGGGAGAGGAAGAAGAGGAUGAGGAAGAGGAAGGAGAGGACGAUGGAGAGGUGGAGAGAGAGGAGAUAGAGCAAAUGGAGGAAGAGGUAGAAGAGGAUGAGGAAGUGGUGGAGGAGGAUGGGGAUGAUGAAGAGCAGGAAGAGAAUGAAGAGGAGGACGAUGAAGAUGAGCAUGAGGAAGAGGAAUACUAUGAAAAUCAGGGUCAUCAGCAAAACAACAAUUAUUCCAGUGGUGGACAAUCAAAAUCCAAUCAAAUCGUUGAGAAGGACAAUAACAAUAACAACAGCAUUAACAAUGACUAUGAGAAUUAUGACGAGCUGGUGGCCAAGUCCCUUCUCAACCUUGGUAAAAUCGCAGAGGAUGCUGCCUACCAGGCCAUGACUGAAUCAGAAAUGAACAGCAAUUCCUCCAACAGUGCUGGUGAGGAUGACGAUGAGGAUGAAGAUGACGGGAGUGAACAAGGAGGCCAUAAGGGAGAGUUGAGCGUUGACUUGAAUAGCGAUGUGGUACGUGAGACCGUGGACUCCCUGAAGCUUCUGGCCCAGGGACACGGGGCAGUGCUUCCCGAUGAGGGAUACGCAGAUGCCGGGUCUGGGGAUACUGGCUCAGCUGGCCACACUAACGGACGGGGCCAUGCAGAGGAGAGUGAGGAGGAAGUGUGUCUCAGUAGCUUGGAGUGUCUGCGCAACCAGUGCUUCGACUUGGCCCGCAAACUUAGUGAGACCCAAACGCCCGAGCGGUCCACGAUGGAGGACCAAGUGCAGCACCAGGCUGAACAGCAGCAGCAGCCUCCAAUGCAUCACAUGCCCAGGUACGACAGCUGCCAGAUGGACGAGCACAGACCUCUUGAGAGGAACUACUCAGACAUGGUCAAUCUGAUGAAACUGGAGGAGCAGCUCAGCCCUGCUUCAAGAGGCUACCCCUCUAGCUGCGCCCAGGAAGGGGAUGAGGACACUACGUCACUGGCCUCCGAACUUUCCGAUGAAGCUUUUGACAUGACUAAAGGCAACCUGUCGCUGCUGGAAAAGGCCAUUGCUCUCGAAUCCGAGCGUGCCAAGGUUAUGCGAGACAGAAUGGCAUCAGAACAGAUGGUGGCUCGGAGGGACAAUCAGCGUCUUCAUGGAGAGCACAGCCCAAGGCUGAGCAGCAGUGCAGAAGAACGCAAAGCCCGACUCCAUCAUGAUGGCGCAAAACGAGCAUAUUACCCUAAAGACUCAAGGGGAGAGAAAAAAGACAGCAAGUGUCCAACCCCGGGUUGUGAUGGCACGGGCCAUGUCACUGGACUCUAUCCUCACCAUCGAAGCUUGUCCGGCUGCCCCCACAAAGAUCGCGUGCCGCCAGAAAUUCUUGCAAUGUAUGAGAAUGUUCUAAAGUGCCCCACGCCUGGCUGCUCGGGACGCGGCCAUGUAAAUAGCAACAGGAACUCCCACCGCAGUCUCUCGGGAUGUCCCAUAGCCGCCACAGAGAAGAUGGCAAAGGUUCAGGAGAAACAUCACCCCUGCGACAGCUCCAAGUCUAACCAGGCGUCAGACCGUGUCCUUAGACCCAUGUGCUUUGUAAAACAGCUGGAGAUCCCACAGUAUGGGUACAAAAAUAACGUCCCAACCAGUACUCCACGAUCCAACCUGGCCAAGGAGCUGGAGAAGUACUCCAAAGCCAGCUUCGACUACAGCAGCAGUUAUGACAACCAGCCUCAUGCAUACGGCAAGAGGUCCCUCACCCCGAAGAACCAUGGGCGAGACACCUCACCCAAAGGAUAUGAUGCCAAGCGCUACUGUAAGACCUCGAGCCCGGCCAGCAGCACCACGAGCAGCUACGCUCCCAGCAGCAGUCUCAGCUGUGGAGGAGGAGGAGGGGGAGGAGGAAGCAGCGCCAGCAGCACCUGCAGCAAGAGCAGCUUCGACUACACGCACGACAUGGAAGCCGCCCACAUGGCCGCCACCGCCAUCCUCAACCUGUCCACGCGCUGCAGAGAGAUGCCCCAGAGCCUCACUGGGAAAGGCCCGGAGCUCCUGGCACAGAGCCCUGAUGACAGAGAUGGGGAUGAGAACGGAACCCUGGAUCUGAGCCAGGCUGGAGGGAUGGGGGAGGGCAGUGGAGGCACAGUGUUGACCCCCCUGCAGCCCAUGUCACCCCAGCGGCAGGCCCUGCUCAACAGCCAGUGCUACCAGAUGAGCACGGCAGACUGCUGGGACCUGCCUGUGGACUACACCAAGAUCAAACCCCUGGACGAGGACCACAAGGAGGAUGACCUGGACCCCUUUCAGGAUCUAUUGGAAGACCAGCAGUAUUCAGGAGACAUGUCCCUCCCCAGCCCCAAACACAAAUAUGCUCCCUGCAAGGAGAGCAAGAAGGAGCUCCUCACGCUAUCAAGCUGCCAACUGGCUGACAAGGGCAUGCGUGGUAUGAUGGCAUCUAACUCCCAGGAUCUGAAGUGUCCCACUCCUGGCUGUGAUGGCUCUGGGCAUAUCACAGGCAACUAUGCCUCACACAGAAGUCUGUCAGGUUGUCCCCGGGCAAAGAAGAGUGGUAUUAAAAUAAUGCACAGUAAGGAGGACAAGGAGGACCAGGAGCCAAUCAGGUGUCCUGUGCCAGGCUGUGAUGGCCAGGGUCAUGUGACAGGAAAGUAUGCAUCCCACCGCAGUGCAUCCGGCUGCCCACUGGCCGCCAAGCGUCAGAAAGAUGGUUAUGUGAAUGGAGCGCCUUUCUCCUGGAAGUCUGGCAAGACAGACGGCAUGGCCUGCCCCACCCCAGGCUGCGAUGGCUCAGGCCACAUCAGCGGCAGCUUCCUCACCCACCGGAGUCUAUCCGGUUGUCCCCGUGCCACAUCUGCUAUGAAGAAGGCAAGGAUGACCGGGGUUGAAAUGCUCACAAUCAAACAGAGAGCAAGUAAAGGCAUUGAAAAUGACGAGGAGAUUAAACAACUGGAUGAAGAAAUCAAAGACCUGAACGAGUCGAACAAUCAAGUAGAGUCAGACAUGAUAAAAUUAAGGACUCAAAUCACCACCAUGGAGACUAACCUGAAGUCCAUCGAGGAAGAAAACAAGACCAUAGAGCAGCAGAACGACUCGCUGCUGCAUGAGCUCGCCAACCUCAGCCAGUCCCUCAUCAACAGUCUUGCCAACAUCCAGCUUCCACACAUGAAACCGAUGCCACUGAAAGAGGCCCCUGUUAAAAAUUACUGCUGUUUACAGAUGCCCCACAGAGAGCCGAUGAACGAGCAAAACUUUGACACUUAUGUGAGCACUUUGACAGAUAUGUAUACUCACCAGGACCAGUACCAGAGCCCGGAGAACAAGGUCCUCUUGGAGAACAUAAAGCAAGCGGUUCAAGGCAUCCAAGUGUAGCUUUGCUAUUAUUGGCCGAGUAAUGGGGUCAUGUGAUCUGAGCGUUAAGAAACAAAAGAAACCCAUCAUGUAAAAAGUAUGGAGAACUAGUAUGAUUUUUUUUGCUGCUGUAAUUUAUUGUAUUAUUUGGCAUUAUUUAUGAUUCUGUUAUGCUUUUAACAAAAAAUACAUAACUUAUUUGUUGCCUUGCUUUAAGAUGACGACUGCCAAUGGCAAAUGUUUUAAGGAACAUUCAUGUUUUGUAAAUUUUUCAUAUGACCUGACAUAAUGUGAUGUACUGUUUAUAGCUGCUAAUGUAUGCACAUUUUAGUGUAUAUGUAUUUAUUAAUUGUAAACAAAAACCAUCCAUUAUUUUAAAUCUAAAGAGGUACAGAGGGGAUACACUGAGGGAAUGUAAGGGCAAUCAGCUUCGAUCUGAGCUUCUCUUUAUGGAAGUAAUGGGAACUAAUGUGCUGUGCAGGCUGUUCAAUGGGUGUACAGUGGUUCAUUUUUGUGGUUCGAUUUUGGGUACAUUUUGUAAAAAUAUUGAGAAACAUUGUCUUUUGGUUCUGAAAUCAUAUUUAUAGUGGUCAGUGUGGGCACUCUAAUGCAGUAUGUGUAUUGUUUUUAUUUUUGCUUGUUUGUUUAGUUGUUUUUUUCUUUCUACUUUUCUCUCGUUUUAAUUCCCAAAAUAGAUGGAAAAAUAGAAAAAAAAUUGUGAAUGCAAACAUCAUGACACGGAAACUUACUGGUGUAAAUCCCAAGAAAUAUUACAAAGCUUUUCAGAUAUUUUCAAAGUCCAUUCUCUAAAUGUAACACCCGGCUGGUUGAGGCCAACAACUACAGAAAAUUUCAAGGAGACAAUCCAACAUUAAUUAUUAAUUUAAUGAUCGUAAAAUGUUAGUGGUAGGUAGUAUGAUAGAAUCAGCAAUAUAUGAUAACGAAUCAAUCAUUUAUUUAGAUAUGGGAUGCAAAAGUUUGGGUAUAUGCAAUUUCUUAUUCUUACCAUAGUAGAAAGCUGAUGAAUCUUUUUACUAAAUGUAAAGUAUUACGUUUUAUAUAAAUCUUUUAAUACAGUCAUGUUUUAGGGUUUACACAUGGGUGAUCAAGUCCAAAAGGAUGAAUGCAUUAUGAUUUAACAUUUCUCAUGUUCGAUUUUGCACAGGGACACCUUUGUUUCCAUGUUUUGGUGUUUUUAUUUGUUUCAGGAGACCAAGGAGGUGCCCAGACGUUUGAAUUGUGGGAAGUUUUUUUUUUUUUUUCCUUUGAAGGAAGUAAAUCUGUGUGUGAAUGUUAGUUUAUCGGUGUGCUGGAUAUACAGGGUUAAUGUCACCAUCCAUACGUCAUUGUGUCAUAGUAAUGGAGCACUUGUCUUGUAGAUUUUGUCCAAACAAUCAUGUAGAGAUUCAUCUGGUCACGAGUGCACAACAAAUACGACUAUAUCAGCAAUGCAAACUCAUCAUAUUACAAUUAGUGAACUCCAAUCAGUUAUAUACAGUAUUAAGAGAGGUCCGCUUGCCUUCUGUGGUAACCUGCGAUUCACUUUCAUUGCUUAUUUUUUACGUUUCUGAGACGUCAGUGGCACUUUAAGCUCUAAGAAUUAUGGAAAUUGAAGCAGUAUGCAUUUUUGAUAAUUAAACGAUGAAACGGCGUGGCACAGGUCCAGAUUAGGCUACAGUAGCGUGUGGGCAGUUUCAGGCGUUCGGAGGGUUGAUUACUGACAUGACCAGUUCAUAUUAGGCCUACUCCAUAAUAUCUUAAGGACAUGUACAAUUAUAGUCUGGGAACCCCCUGUUCAUCUUCACUUAGUCAAAGCCCAUUCAAAGCAUCAAGCAAAGUCACAAAUAGGGCUGAUUUGUGAGCUAAAUAUUUAAUCGAGCAUGAGUCCAAACUGUCACAGUGAUUUUUAGUGUGAAAUGACUCUGGUUGUUGCUGAUGCUCUACGUGGGGCUUUGUUUCUUAAAUCUAUGAUUUUGUAUUUUUAUUACGGCUAGCAUUAUGUUUUCCGAGAGCUCAUGCAAAUGGUGCUAGUCACUCUUAUUUAUCAUUCUGUAAUAUCCAGACAUCUCUUCCCCAACCACAGCACAUGUCUCUCUCUGAAAGCUUUGUGUAUGCAGCUUAUUUCCAAGAUAGCCUAACGCUUUUUCAACACUGAUAGCAAAAUACAAUAUCCUCUCAUCAACUAUCAUAACUGAUUUGACAGGAAAAGGGAUUUUAAGCACAAUUCCGCUGCUCAUUUUCAGUUGGCACAUAUUGUACUAUCUACUUCAAAGGUUAUCUGUGACUAUUUAAAUAGAAAACUCUAUCUAUGGUGUCACAUGCUUGAAUGCAGAAUACAUUUCUUAUUAAUAAUUGUGAAAUCAUCAGGUUACAAGUUUCCAUUUCAAAUGGAUUUUAAUUAACCAUUUUAAACCAGGAUUUUUCUAUAAAAAAAUAAAGAAAGAAGCAUAGCUUUCUUAAUGUCUCUUGCUCUCUUCCUCUAUCCAGCUCUUUAGCUAUCUUUUUCGCUCUUAUUUUAUUUUUCAACCACAUGGCAUGAUUUCUGUUGGUAUGAUACUUUUUUUUUUUUUUUGCUCUAAGUGUUUAAGAUCACAAGUUGCAGUGAUAUUUAAUUUUGAAAUUGUGAAAUUUGUACAAUUUUUAUCAUGC